UAACUAGCUUUUUUCGAUACAUCACAAAACAAUAAAUCCAGACAGUAAAUCCGUAAUGGAAGAAAGUAAUGAAAACAGUAAGACUGCAAUAAACGAAGAAAAUAGUCAAAAUAUUCACACUGUAGUGAGUUCACAUGAUGCCACCACCAACACUUAUAAUGUGCGGCCAGCCGUAGCACAUGCAAGUACCGGAACCCAAAAAAAAAAGUCCUUUAGAUCGAAGCUGUACAAAAAAGCGCUGAGAGUGCUCUGGAAAGUGCGAAUAAGAUAAAUGAGCAGCAGGCACAGAUCGAACCAAAUACGCAAGCUUUGCCAAUGUAUAAACGAAUCAAUUCGAAGCUUCAACAUCAUAAAAUAGUGCGAAUGCCGAAUCACAUCGAUUCAUAUUAUCUGGAUAGUCGUCAUAGGCAUGUGUAUCCCAAUUGUGAAUAUCACUUUCCAGGCAUUAUACACUGGCCAAAGUUGAUUUAUAAUGCCGAUAAGAACAGGUAUUUUGCACUGCGGCCAAAACAAUGGCGUUAUACACUUUUAUAUAUUAUGGGAUAUGUGGUGUUUAUGAUCUUCUUCAACUGGGUUAUCUAUCGUCAUCUUUGCGACACUGUUAAAACAAACGAGCCGCUGAUCAAAUUAAAUCAGCCUACAUUUUGUUUUGGGCCCAUCGGCGAACGCUUAAGUUACAGACAUAUUGAAUACAAUCCCAACAGUCAUGCAGAUGUUAAUGAAAUGUAUCAAAGAACACAUAACUUUCUUAGGAAAUAUUGUAGGCGCGAAAUAAAUAAUACUCGCUUUGGACCCUGCAAUCAUUACCUUAAAUAUGGUUAUAAUACUCAGGAGCCCUGUGUUUUUAUUAAAAUCAAUCGUAUACUCGGUGUGAAAACUAUACCAUAUGAACAUAGCGAUGAUCUUUCAAGAAGUCAUUUCAGAAAAAUUGAUUACCUAAACCUAAAGAGGCUUAUUAAUGCCACGGACGAAAAAAUGCGAAAGGAUCGUAUUUGGUUUACUUGCACCUGCGAAAACUGUCCAGAUCUAAAGGCGGAUAUUGAUUUUUAUCCCAAUCCAUCAAUAAGCACCAAAUACGUUGAUAUAAAGGAAAAAAUUGAGAUUAAAAUUAAUUCAUAUUCAAACACAUUUUAUAGCGCUUGGGACUUGAACCGGGUUGUGGCUUUGAAGAUAAAAAAUUUAGAUAUUAAUAAGGAACGAAAAUUCAACUGUCGCAUGUGGGCUAAAAAUAUAGAAAUACGUUCGGACAGUUACGGUCAGUUGACAUUUAAUGUUCUGGUGAAAGAUGAAUGGUACAACAAAGAGAACUCCACAAAACCUUUCCAAGUGCAGAAGGAUGAAAUAUAAUAGAAUAAAAUUAUAAAAUAUACGUAAUGCCAUAGAUUGUAGAUUAUUCUAUAUGAACUUAUAG